AUGUAGCAAGUAUUCUAAAUACCAAUGCCAUAGAAGAAGUUGGUGAUGCAGAUAAAGUUGGUGACAUGGCUGCUAUUGAUAAUGAUGAGAUAGGUGCUGUAGCCAUAGUUAAUCCAGGUGUAAUGGUCAAUCUAGCAGUAGAUCUCGCAGGUGUCGUGGUAGAUCUCACAGGUGUUGUGGUGGAUAUUGCAGGUGUUGUGGUAGCAGGUGUUGUAGUGGAUUUAUUACGUCAUGCCGUGGUAGAUCUAUUAAGUGCCAUAGAACUAGAUGUAGGAAUAGGUAUAAUUGGCAUAGAAG